ACGCAUACUUCCUCCUGUCGGGUUCAAGUUCAGCUGCGUCUUGUGUGACAGUCACUAUCAGUAUGUCUGCUGUCUGCUUGAAGUUCAUUACCUUCCUUUGUCUCUGCUGCACGGCCCUGAGUGGCUCAGAGAGCAAUGGAGUGGUACGGAGAGAUCCUGGAGGAUCCGUCACAAUCCAGUGCAGAUAUCUUCAAUCAAGUCCAGCAUCCCUGACUCUGAUGAAAGGUCUCAAUGAUGACUUCCAAGUUUUGUACAAAAUGAACACCUCAAGACCUGUCAUCGCCAAAGAUUUCAAAAGCAGACUUCAGAUACAUGGAGAGUUCCCAAAUCUGGAGAUCUUUAUCAGAAACUUGACCUCUGAAGACACUGGGCCGUACUGGUGCAAGUACCAAAAGAGUACGACCGACCCGAAGCCUGAGAAUGGCCAAGGGUCUGUGCUGCUGCUGGUGACGGAUACAGCGAAGAAGUGCGACCAAUCCAACAAGAGUCUGGUCGUGGUGUCUGUUGUGAUCUCAGCUGCUGUGCUGCUCGGCAUCAUCCUAGCCUUCCUCGUGUGGAUCAUCAAGGCAAGGUCACGGCGCACCACAGAAAAACCGGUCCGCAUCAACAACAAUGAUGUAUACGAGGAGAUGCGGGCAACAAUCCGGCGCUGAAGAUGGAAGCGUGCAAGAAACCAACAUGAAACUGCAGCAGAGUGCAAGUGAUGCAUGUGAUGCAUGUGGCGCAAUGCAGAAACUCAGCAGAGAGAGACUGUCAGAAGAAGACGGUUCAAAGAUGAUGAAGUCCAUGAAUUACAAAAGUUCAACCUGCACUGUCACUGAAAGAACAAAAAACUUUAUCUGGAAAGUUGUUUUUUUUUGUUUCGUUUGUCCCUCAGUCUCAAAAAGUAUAAUCUUUUAUCUAUGAUCAUUUUGAAAUGUAAAUAUGUUCUUUAUGUACAGAACUUUAACUCUUUCUCUUAUAAGUGUGUACAAAGUGGAUACGUAAUUUUGCAGAUGAUGUGUUGUUUUACUAAAUGCAGGGUUUAUGUAAAUGCCUGAAAGAAAGAUACUGGAAUCAUUGAAAAUUACUCGUAGAAUCUAAAAUGUUGACUAACAUGAAUGACAUUGAAAUGGUUUUUAUGACACAAAAAAAAGCCCAAAAGGGAUUUAAAAGUUUGUAAUAAUUUCAAAUUUUUAUUUCAUGAAGCACGUUUUUUUUUUUAAAAUUCAAGUCAACAGGAGAAUAAAAACUGAAAUACCAGGUUAAGUGGAAAUCAGAAAAAAAGUUUCUCAUGUAAGUGUUCCUGAAUGCAUGGCAAUUUUCCUUGGACAUCACAAACACAGGGGUAAGAAUAACCGCUGUUAAAACGUCUUACUAAAGGAAUGACUGAUCACUAUCGAUUCAUCACUUUAAGGCUGAUAGGACAUAAAAGAAGAAAAGAUGGUGUAAAUCAGGAGCAGGAGCAGAUAAGAGCCAGGGCCACCCAAGAAAUCUGAUUCCCCCUCACCUGUCCAUGCCAAAAUCCUGAACUAUGAUUGGCUGUUUGCCUUGUCAGAGGUGGGACAAAUUAACUGUUUAGGCUGUGUUACAAAAGGCUGCUGGUAGCUUCCUUUGCAUUUCAAUAUAGCACAUUUAGUAAAUAUUUUAAAUAAUGAUUGAAAAUAGGGAGCUGUUUUCGGUGGGUCACGGAUGUGUGACUUUACCAAAAAGUAUUUGAAGUGCCUUUUAAAUAUUGUUAAAUAUUGUUUUGUUCCAUUUUUCUGUUCUGUCACAUGUUUUGUACAAUAAAAGGUCCAAACUGAUUGGUUGAAAAAUA